ACCUGGGCCAGCUGCCACCCACCCUCGCCGCAGGCUUCCCUAGAAAUGUCUGUUGCCGGAGCCUCCGGGUGCCGCGGCACGUCGUGCGCUCUCUCCAAGCGCGCCCCUCCGACCCUUCCUCUGGGCCCCUUCGUUUGCUGCACUUCCUCGGUUUCCAGCCACACUUGUCAGAGUUCUAACGAACCUCCGGGAGCGCCCGAGGCGGCCAAAACCCCAUAUCACAGAUGAGGACCAAGGCUCCCGGAAAGAAGUGACUCGGGCCAGCCCGCCCUGGCUCUGGUUCUUUCUGCCCGGGUCUCACCUCCCGCCCCCACGCCGCCCGCGUGCCGUCUCCUCCCGCGGUGGCUGCAGCGGCCGCGGCGGGGGGAGCGCGCCUCCUUUCCUCCCUCUGGUAAACACACCCGCCCGCCAGCCAGCCCAUCCGCUAUCACGGCCCUUAUAAAGUCAGCCGUCGCCGGACUUCCUGCCGGAGCCCGAGCCCCCUCCUCGGGCUACGAGGCGCGCGGCGUGGUGCCUGGCGCCCCGCUGAGCGAGCCCAGGGCGCGAGAGGACGCGCCCGCCUGCCCUGGGUCUGCCUCCACGUGGCAGCUGUUGGCUUGGCUCGAGAGGCUGUAGGGACUCGCCUGGUGUGCAAAGUGGGACGGCUCGCUCUCACCCGGCCCCGGAGGGUGUGGACUUGGAGGGACUCUCGGCCAGCAUGGCCCCCACGCUGGAGCAGGCGUACCGGAGGCGCUGGUGGAUGGCCUGCACCGCGGUACUGGAGAACCUCUUCUUCUCCGCGGUCCUGCUGGGCUGGGGCUCCCUGCUGAUCAUUCUCAAGAACGAGGGCUUCUAUUCUAGCCUGUGCCAAGCUGCAAACACCACCACCAGCACCGCCAACAGCAGCCAGGGGCAGCCGCCCAGCCGGUGGCCCAGCUGCGACCGGCAGGAUGAAAUGCUCAACCUGGGCUUUACCAUCGGCUCCUUUGCACUCAGCGCCACCACCUUGCCCCUGGGGAUCCUCAUGGACCGCUUUGGCCCCCGGCCCCUGCGGCUGCUUGGCAGUGCGUGCUUUGCUGCAUCUUGCACCCUCAUGGCCCUGGCCUCGCGGGACCCUGAAGUUCUGUCUCCGCUCAUAUUCCUGGCGCUGUCCCUGAAUGGUUUUGGUGGCAUCUGCUUGACGUUCACUUCGCUCACUCUGCCCAACAUGUUUGGGAACCUGCGCUCCACUUUUAUGUCCCUCAUGAUCGGCUCCUACGCCUCUUCCGCCAUCACAUUCCCCGGAGUCAAGUUGAUCUAUGAUGCUGGCGUGUCCUUUGUGGUCAUCAUGUUCACCUGGUCUGGCCUGGCUUGCCUCAUCUUUCUGAACUGUGCCCUCAAUUGGCCCAUCGAAGCCUUUCCCAACCCUGAGGAAGCCAAUUACACGAAGAAGAUCAUAUGUAGUGGGCUGGCCCUGGACCACAAGGUGACUGGCGACCGCUUCUACACCCACGUGACCAUCGUGGGCCAGCGGCUGAGCCAGAAGGCCCCCAGCCUGGAGGAGGGGGCUGACGUUUUCGUCUCAUCCCAGGAUGUUCGCAGCACCUCGGACAGCCUCCCUGAGAAGUCUGUCCCCUUCCGCAAGAGCCUCUUCUCCCCCAUAUUCCUGUGGAGCCUCCUCACCAUGGGCAUGACGCAGCUGCGGGUCAUCUUCUACAUGGCCGCCAUGAAUAAGAUGCUGCAGUAUCUCAUAACCGGCGGCUCGGAGCAUGAGACCAGUGAGCUGAGACAACAGGCAGCAGAGACAGUUGGGUUCUACUCCUCCGUCUUUGGGGCCAUGCAGCUGUUGUGCCUCCUCACCUGCCCCCUCAUCGGCUACAUCAUGGACUGGCGGAUCAAGGACUGCGUGGACGCCCCGACUGAGGGCACUGCCCUCGGAGACACCAGGGAUGGGAUCGCCAUCAAGUCCCCCAGGCCACGCUACCGCAAGAUCCAGAAGCUCACCAAUGCCAUCAACGCCUUCACCCUGACCAACUGCCUGCUCGUGGGUUUCGGCAUCACCUGCCUCAUUGGUAGCCUCCAUCUCCAGUUUGUGACCUUUGUCCUGCACACCAUGGUCCGGGGUUUCUACCACUCUGCCUGUGGAAGUCUCUACGCUGCAGUAUUUUCGCCUUUUGCUCCCCUGGCUGACUUGAAGAAUUCCAAGAUGGCUUCCGUCUCCGCCUCAGCCUGCCCCCGCGGCUUCAAUUUCCCUAACAUUUUUCUCUACCCGGUUCCCGUCCAACCACUUCGGGACGCUCACGGGCCUGCAGUCCCUCGUCAGUGCCGUGUUCGCCUUGCUGCAGCAGCCGCUCUUCAUGGCCAUGGUGGGACCCCUGAAAGGAGACUUCUGGGUGAACCUGGGCCUCCUGCUGUUCUCACUCCUAGGAUUCCUGCUGCCUUCGUACCUCUUCUACUACCGAGGCCGCCUCCAAAGGGAGUACGCCACCCACUGGGCAGGCCCGCAGAAGGUGCUGGGCGGCCCUGACGUGACUGCGUAGACUUCUGAGGCCAAGGGGCCUGGAUGACAGGCAGCCGAGGCCUGAGCAACCAAAGGGAAUGCCCCUGGUGGCUUUUCUACCUGUAACGGACAUGCAGAGCCAGGGGUAUGGAUUUAUAAAUACCAAGAGAAGUUCUAUUUUUGUAGGCACUUGCAAAAAAAAAAUGCCCUUAAAAAUAUCCCCAAAGCAACGCUCCACUGAAGACAGCCCCUGUGCUGGAGAGACCUGCUUCUGCGGAUGGAGGAGGCCAGGCCGUGUGGCUGCCUUUUCUGGUGCCUCCUAGGAACCUGGGGGCUGGUGAAGAGGCUGCUUCUAAGGUCCUAGGUGUGUGUGUGUGCAUGCAUGCAUGUGUGUGUGUGUGUGAGAGAGAGAGACACCACCUGCCCGUCUGGACGACAGGGGCCCUGAGGUGCUGCCGACGGUCCUGGGUGAGGUGUCGGGAGGGCAGCAGACCCAUUCCAGGGGCUGGAGGGCGGGUUCCCUCCCCGUCGCUGCUGCUUGCAGGUCUUAGAGGAAAUAAAGAGAGAAGUGAUAGA